AUGGAAGAAGAUCCUAUUGGAAGCUUUGACUUGAGCGUCAAUUGUGUGUUCACAUCGAAUAUUGAUCUGACGGCUAAACUUUCACUCGAUCUUGGUGAACAAUUUCUUCAAAUCUCGGCCGCCCUGAGCGCGUUGCAAGGAGCAUUGGGCUCAGUAACGUUGAGAAGGGUGUCGGAAGCGAGCACUUCUGUGAGGUUCUCUGGAGAUUUGAAAAUUGGCGUUGCAUGGGCGGCUGGAAAAGAUCCCCUCUCUAUCCACAUAUCUGGCAAGGCUCACGCCUUUGAUCGCGAUUGGGAGCUUGGUAUCAUCGGUGUAAAAGUCAAAGAAGACAACUUGCGGACUCUACAGAACCUGGCCAGUCAGCUUUUGGAAUACAUCAGAGAUCAGUUCAGCGACCUCGUCAGGACGUGGAUAAGUGCUGCUGGCACUGGAGUCAAAACGACCAUCACAUUCAUCGAAAACAACUGGAAGGUAGCUGAACAAGAUAUGGCAAGAUUAGUCGCUGAUUUGAAGGAUCUUCCCGUAGCGAGCGUCGUUGAGCCCGUGUUGAGAGAAAUGCAGACUACAUACGAAGAUGCAAGAAAGGUCUAUGAAACUGGGGGCUUCCAACCUUUCAUGGCAGUCAGAUUGCUUAUGCCCAUCUACGGCAACAACCCCCUACCUGAUCGGAGACCAGGUGACCUGCCCGAUAUGCCUAACGACAUUUUUGAUCUACCCAACCCUACAGAGCCCAGUGGAGGCCCAAUGGGAAUUCCCAUACCCCGAGAUUUGCUUGACGGGCUUCCUGGGAUGGACAAUUCAUCAACAAAGCCUAAACCAACUCCUGAACCAGCGCUAGCCCCUGCAACACCAAUGAGAAAUCCUUUCGCGAGUAUCCCCCUUCAGCUUCCUUUCAAUAACCUCAAGCCUGCAUCUGGGGGUUUCGUCAGAGGCCCUGGCAUGUCCGCAAAAUCAUGCAAUAUUGGCGAAGAUGUCUUGGCUUCACUCAAACCUGAAACGGGAUGGGCGUCUGAAGAUCCUCACACUCCUUUCAAUAAGCCUACUGCUAACACUGGCAUGGACAUAGCUGUGGCUCAACUUCCAGCCUGGUAUACAGGCGAGAUUGAGAGAUACUUGGAAUCUGCAAUUAUACAGUCCGAUUCAACCACUUUGAGCCAGGCAGAAGCAGCGCCCAUUCACGAUGUGAUUCAUCAAAUCGCAAGUUUUAGUGAAGAGGAAAUUGUGGAUAUUUCCAAAAGCUUGAGACUUGGAGGAUUGUCUGAUGAGGAUAUUCAAAAAGCUUAUAUGGACUCGUUUGGCCACGAUAUGUCGCCGCAAGUGCUUGCAUGUAUUUAA